AUGGAAAAACAGAAUAAAAUUAUUCAAUAUUUAACUGAAUUUUUUCGUCGAGAUAUCAACCGUAUUCAAGGUGCAAUUCUAAUCGGAUCGUUCGGAAGAGGACAAGGUUCGCCAGAAUCUGAUAUUGACAUUGAAUUGCUAAUAGAAGAAGAAAAACUUAUCGUCGAUGAAUUCACUAACGAUAUUAUACAAUUAUUUAACGAUACAGAAGAUUCGUUAGCCAUAAAACAUACACUUUGGCUUGGAGAUCAACGAAAACUUGCUCUUUAUCAUGGAUCACAACUUCUGCUCACUGAGCUUUAUCUUUAUACACAAUUAUCUCAAUUCGAUAAAUAUUUUCUUGGUUCUCGAAUUAUUGAUUUACAGAAAUGUAUUUUGGUUGAUCGAACAUAUAUAAUUCAUCAACAUCUCAAAUAUAUUCUUGCUUUACCAUAUGAUAAUCGACAUGGUCUAAUUCGUGAUUUAGUAGCUAGUAUUCGUUAUCAAUUAGAAUCGACGUCAUCUGCUAGACGACGUUGUGAUGCAUACAAAUUCUAUUUUCUUUCAAAUAUUGCUCUACAUGAGCUUGUCAGACUCACUUACGUAUUAGAUGGUAAAAUGGAAUACAAUUACAAUCCUCCUAAAUCUACUGUCAAUCCAGAUUUGUCAUCGACAAUGAAUUUAGAUGAAAGUGAAGUACAUUUGAAAAAUCUUAUCAAAUUUUUUUUACAACAACUUGAUCGGAUUGAAAACGACGAAGAACUAAUGGUCAAAACAGCUCGUAAUUUCUGUCAAGAUCUUAUAAAACGAGAUUCUAUAUUGUAG